AUGGCAUCCGAGAAGUCGGAAGCGCUCUUCACUGCCGUCGAAACACGGCGAUCCAUCUACGGCAUCAGCGGUGAGCUUUCCAUUAGUGACAAGAGAGUGCGAGAGAUCGUCGAACGUGCUGUCAAGCAUGGACCGAGUCCCUUUAACGUCCAGGCUUCUCGCGCAGUUGUUCUCCUUGGAGCCGAACACCAUAAGUUGUGGGACAUGGGCGAUGCGAUAUUGAAGGGUAUGCUGCCGCCUGAGAUAUACGAGCGAUUAGCGCCUCGAACGGCAGGCUUCAGACGUGGACACGGGACAAUCGCAUUCUUUGAAGACAAGCAGGAGUUGAAGGAGAUGGGAGAAAAGAAUCCUGCUGUUGCAGGGAUGAUGGACCAAUGGAGUGAGCAUGCGAAUGGGAUGUUGCAAUUCGUCGUGUGGACAGCACUCUCGCUAGAAGGCGUUGGCUGUAGCAUGCAGCAUUACAACUUCGAUCCGACUUUUUACGGCGGACAUGAAGAAGACAUGGGGACUUCCAGAGAGCUGGGACCUGAAAUCACAGCUGGUGUUUGGCGAACCGAAACAUGGUUUUGA